CCGGGCGGCGCCGGCGGGGGCGCUCGGGCCUGGGCUUCAGGGCUCUGGGCUCAGGCUCCCGGCUCAGGGAAGCGCUUGCGGCCGUUGCGGCCGCCGCCGCCGCCGCCGCCGCAGGAGCCUGCUGGGGUCGGGCUGGAGCCUGCUUCCAGAGAGGGCUGGUGAGAGUGAACAGCCGGGUUUGGCGGCGCUCUGCGGCCUGCCUUGCGCCGCCUCCGGGCCACGGGUCGCCGAGCCGCCGCCGCCGCCGCGAUGGGGGCCCCCCAGGGCCGCGCCCCCGCCGUGGCCCGCCCGCUGAGCCGCCGCUGAGCGCAUGGGCCUCGCCCGGCCGGGAGCCAGGCCCCGGGCCGCGCCUCCACAGCCGCCGCGCGCUGGAGAGAUUGAUUCCCUUGGGAGCUGUAAGUACUGAGGUAUUAGGGUGCAGCGCUCAUUGUUCACUGAUGCAGAGUCCCAAAAUGAAUGUCCAGGAGCAGGGUUUCCCCUUGGACCUCGGAGCAAGUUUCACUGAAGAUGCCCCCCGGCCCCCAGUGCCUGGAGAAGAGGGAGAACUGGUAUCUACUGAUUCGAGGCCUGUCAACCACAGUUUCUGCUCUGGGAAAGGUACCAGCAUUAAGAGUGAGACCUCAACAGCCACCCCAAGACGUUCAGAUCUGGAUCUGGGAUAUGAGCCCGAGGGCAGUGCUUCCCCCACCCCACCAUAUUUGAGGUGGGCUGAGUCACUGCAUUCCUUACUGGAUGACCAAGAUGGGAUCAGCCUGUUCAGGACUUUCCUGAAGCAGGAGGGCUGUGCUGACCUGCUGGACUUCUGGUUUGCCUGCAGUGGCUUCAGGAAGCUUGAGCCCUGUGACUCAAAUGAGGAAAAGAGGCUGAAGCUGGCAAGAGCCAUCUACCGAAAGUACAUCCUGGAUAGCAAUGGCAUUGUGUCCAGACAAACCAAGCCAGCCACUAAGAGCUUCAUAAAGGACUGUGUCAUGAAGCAGCAGAUCGAUCCUGCCAUGUUUGACCAGGCACAGACAGAAAUCCAGUCCACCAUGGAGGAGAAUACCUACCCUUCCUUCCUUAAGUCUGACAUUUAUUUGGAGUACACAAGGACAGGCUCAGAGAGUCCGAAGGUCUGCAGUGACCAGAGCUCAGGGUCUGGAACAGGGAAGGGCAUGUCUGGAUACCUGCCCACUUUGAAUGAAGAUGAAGAAUGGAAAUGUGACCAAGAUGCAGAUGAGGAUGAUGGCCGAGACUCUCUCCCCCCCAGCAGGCUCACCCAGAAGCUGCUAUUGGAGACUGCUGCCCCGAGGGCCCCCUCAAGUAGACGGUACAGCGAAGGCAGAGAGCUCAGGUAUGGAUCUUGGAGGGAGCCCGUCAACCCCUACUACGUCAAUUCUGGCUAUGCCCUGGCCCCAGCCACCAGUGCCAAUGACAGUGAGCAGCAGAGCCUGUCCAGUGAUGCUGACACUCUGUCCCUUACGGACAGUAGCGUGGAUGGAAUCCCCCCAUACAGGAUCCGUAAGCAGCACCGAAGGGAGAUGCAGGAGAGUAUCCAAGUCAAUGGGCGGGUACCUCUACCUCACAUUCCUCGCACUUACCGAAUGCCAAAGGAGAUCCGGGUAGAACCACAGAAAUUUGCUGAAGAGCUUAUUCACCGUUUAGAGGCUGUCCAGCGUACUCGAGAGGCUGAAGAAAAGUUGGAGGAACGGCUGAAACGUGUACGCAUGGAGGAAGAAGGGGAGGAUGGUGAAAUGCCUUCUGGCCCCAUGGCCAGUCACAAGCUGCCUUCUGUCCCAGCUUGGCAUCAUUUCCCACCCCGCUAUGUGGAUAUGGGCUGCUCUGGACUGCGGGAUGCCCAUGAAGAGAAUCCUGAGAGCAUCCUGGAUGAGCAUGUGCAAAGGGUCAUGAGGACACCUGGCUGCCAGUCACCUGGCCCAGGCCACCGCUCUCCUGACAGUGGGCAUGUGGCUAAGACUGCAGUGCUAGGGGGUACAGCCUCCGGGCAUGGGAAGCAUGUUCCUAAGUUAGGGCUGAAGCUGGAUCCAGCUGGCCUGCACCAUCAUAGGCACGUCCACCACCAUGUUCACCAUAAUUCAGCUCGACCGAAGGAGCAAAUGGAGGCUGAAGCUGCCCGCAGGGUCCAGAGCAGCUUCUCAUGGGGCCCAGAAACACAUGGUCAUGCCAAGCCCCGGAGCUAUUCAGAGAACACAGGCACCACCCUCAGUGCUGGGGAUUUGGCCUUUGGUGGUAAAACUAGUGCACCCUCCAAAAGAAACACCAAGAAGGCUGAAUCUGGGAAGAAUGCCAAUGCUGAGGUGCCCAGUACCACAGAGGAUGCAGAGAAGAACCAGAAGAUCAUGCAGUGGAUCAUUGAGGGCGAGAAGGAGAUCAGUAGACACCGGAAGGCAGGCCAUGGGUCUUCUGGAAUGAGGAAGCAGCAGGCCCAUGAAAGCUCCAGACCCUUGUCUAUUGAGCGUCCUGGGGCCGUGCACCCCUGGGUCAGUGCUCAGCUUCGGAACUCUGUCCAGCCUUCUCAUCUUUUCAUCCAAGAUCCCACAAUGCCACCCAAUCCAGCCCCUAAUCCCCUGACCCAGCUGGAAGAGGCCCGCAGGCGUUUGGAAGAAGAAGAAAAGAGAGCAAACAAACUGCCCUCCAAGCAGAGGUAUGUGCAGGCAGUCAUGCAGCGGGGACGCACCUGUGUCAGGCCAGCUUGUGCACCGGUGCUGAGUGUGGUACCAGCCGUGUCGGAUUUGGAACUCUCCGAGACAGAGACAAAAUCACAAAGAAAGGCAGGUGGCGGGAGUGCACCACCAUGUGACAGCAUUGUUGUGGCCUACUAUUUCUGUGGGGAACCCAUUCCCUACCGGACCCUGGUGAGGGGCCGUGCUGUCACCCUGGGCCAGUUCAAGGAGCUGCUAACCAAGAAGGGGAGCUACAGAUACUACUUUAAGAAAGUGAGUGACGAGUUUGACUGUGGUGUGGUAUUUGAGGAAGUACGGGAGGAUGAGGCCGUCUUGCCUGUCUUUGAAGAAAAGAUCAUCGGCAAGGUGGAGAAGGUGGACUGAGCACUGGGUAGCACCCCCAGAGCACACCAUCACUACUGUGCACUGUCAUCAGUCAGGUGGACAGCCUUGUCCUCAGGAGUCUGGUGUGGGGAACAACACAAGAUUGUGUCAUGAGCUCUUCUAGGGGGUGAGGCUGGGAACCUCAGGUGUCUGCCAGCCUCUGUCCCUCUGGCUCUGGGAAAGUGGGGGUGGGGGGUCGUCCUACUGAGUGGUUCCUUGGGUUUCUCUGUUUUGCUGUUCAAGAGGAAAGCUCCACCUACCGCCACAUUACCCCCUGAAGCAAUACCAGGAGCCAUCUCAUGACCCUCAGCAGCUCUUGCUUCUGAAUCCAGUCUGACCUAGGAAUACUUUGCCCUGGGCUUGUAUCCCAUUGUCCUCUUCUCUCUCUGGGACCCAUCCACUGUACCUGGUUGGGCUCAGGUCCAGGAGCAGGGGAUCCUGUGGGGGCCUCUGUAUAUUGUACAUGUCACUGAGUGCCUUCAACAUAGCUGUCUCUUGCCUGCCACUGUGUGAAUCUGGUGGCUGAGUAUCUCAGGCCCCUUUGCCUGUCUCCAGCCACCAGCUUGGUUCAGCAGGGGAGGGGGAUGUGUCUGGUCCCUUCCAAGUGUCCAUGUAAAUAUGUACAUUUCUCAGGCCAGGGCCAGCAGGGGGAUACCCUGAGCCCAUUUUUCAUGCAAUGACUUGUACAAUUAUCUUUUCAAAGGUACUUGGAUAAUAAUAAAAUAAAAACGUUUUUGAACCUUCC